AUGAAUACUGCUGAUAACAAGGAAGAACAGUGUCAGAACAGCCUCAAUAAGAUUUAUUCCGAGUUGCUUCACCUCAUAUUUGUUCUUACGAGAAGCAGUACUUUUGAUACCAAGACAUUCAGAAUAACGAACAACGUCAAACGUGAUAAGAUCGCUUCUUUGUACAGGAUGAGCUCAUCCAAUCCUUCGUCCACUACGAUAUUGUCGACGGAUCCGAAAGAGUCGACGUCAAGCGCGACUGAAGGCUCACCUAAUGACCAGCGUCUUAUAUGUGGCAUCUGCAGCAGUGUAAUUUUGCUAGCAGGAGUUGGCCGUUGGACUAAUAGGGAAGAAAUACUGCCAUUAUGUCGACAGCAAAAAGACGUAGACACCCAGAAGGAAGCUGUCUCUGGAUUCUGGAUGGUACGUGACAUGUACGACUUCGAGAAUGUUGGCUUCACGAAUUCUGUUGAUGGUAUGAAGUACUUGACUUGUGCCGACUGUGAAUAUGGUCCCAUUGGGUUUUUGGAACCUGAAGCCAAGCUACACUAUGUUAGUUCUGCUAGGGUCUCUUACGCAGGUUACCUUAAACCUUCGCUAGGAAUGGCCGAGAAAAAAGAAGUACCGCAGAUGCUUUCUAGCACGGUGGAGGAACCUCUUGAUCUGAUUAAACUCAGUCUUGACGAGAGAGUCUAUGUGAAGAUGCGUAACGAUAGAGAGAUUCGCGGUCGACUUCAUGCCUACGAUCAACACCUCAACAUGAUUUUAUCGAACGUUGAAGAGACGGUUACAACCUCAGAAGUGGAUGAAGAAUCGUUUGAAGAGAUAUAUCGACAAACAAAAAGAACCAUUCCAAUGUUGUACGUCCGCGGUGACUCUGUUAUUCUUGUUUCGCCACCUAUUCGUGCGUCU